AUGGCCCAGCUUGUGCCUUCAGCGGGGCCGUUCUGUCAGCUCGGUGCAUUCCCCUGCCUGAUUCUCUGCUACCUGCUCUACAUUGCGCUGGGAGGCGUGGUGUUCACAGCCGUGGAGAAGCCGGUGGAGAAGGAGCUGAGAUCCGAGGUGGAGGCGCUGCGGCGCUCCUUCCUGCAGGAGAACCCCUGCGUACGGGCGAGCAGGCUGAGCGAGCUGCUGGGAAAAGCUCUCUCUGCUCACCACAGCGAUGUAGCUGUUCUCCAGGCUGACGCUGAUGACAGACACUAUGACUUCACAUCAUCACUCUACUUUGUCAUUGUCACUCUGACCACCAUGGGUUCUGACUCUUACACCCCCAAAUCAAACGAGGCCAAGCUCUUCUGUAUCUUCUACUGCACCCUGGGGAUCCCCCUCACCCUGUUCCUCCUCACCCUCCUCUCCAAGCUCCUCCUCCCUGUCAUCACCCACGCUCCUGUCCACCACCUGCAUACUUACUGGGGUUUGACCUAUGCCCGGGCCACCCUGGUCCACGCCAGCCUCUUCCUUGUGCUUGUCCUCUCCCUCCUUUUCCUCCUCCCUGCCCUCCUGGUCUGUGCGAUGGAGCCGGAUUGGAGCUUCCUGGAUGCUCUCUUCUUCUGCUUUGUCAUCCUGUGCACCGUCGGUCAGGGAGGAAACUCUCUGGGGAGAACCUGGAGCCAAACAGCCAAGGAGACACUUGAACUCCUCACCACAUGUUACCUGCUGGUGGGCCUGGUGGUGAUCAUUACUUUAAAGGACACUGUCCUGCAGGUUCCCCAGGUCUGUGCAGUGAUGAGGCUCUUCUUUGGUCCGCAGUGUGCAGAGCUGGAAGGUGUUGAUCUCAGUGAGUGGACCCUGAGUGAGGACAGCACUGAGGAGGAGCGUCAGUACUCCCAGUCCAUCUGUACCAUCUCCUCCACUCCAUUAGAGCUGCAGAGCCCCUGUUCAGGCCCACCAGCUGACACACAACCUUUACAGAUCCAGAACCUCAACCCCUGAAACCGCCUGACCUUCACAACUGCCCACCAAACUGUUUACAACCCAUCAGCUACAGAAAAAUACAACUUUGUUUGAAUAAUCACUUGCAGUGAGUGUAGUGAUGGUUUCCAAGCUUUGUUGCUUUUGUGCUUUUUUAUUUCAGUUUCUAUAUGAUGCAAGCGUGUAGUUAUGAAU